AUGUAUGAAUUACUGUUUACAAUCAACGAAAGUCCACCAUCUUGGUUAUUGGCAACAUCAAAACGUUUACUAUUUGUAACUGAAAUAUCAUUUCUUGGUUUAUAUAAAAUCGAUUGGGAAAUACUUUAUGAAGAAUUAAAAGAAGAACCAAUUAUAAAAAUAAAUACAAAUCAAAUUCAAAUUUUAACAAAAGAACCGAAAACAACUGGAACUAUAGGAUCACAUCAAUCAUUUGGAAAAUUAGUUAAAUUUAUCACUCUAGACUCUAUCCGAUGCUAA